GUGGUUGCAAUUGCUGCUCCGUCUCCGUGAGAAGCAAAGCACAAUGGGUAUUUUGUUCUGUGUGCGCUGUCAAACUGUGUGCGAGACCUUGUUUAUCUACGUUGACAUCAUCGAUUUUUUUCUUCUGCUUCGCGCACACAACACACAACAUUUCGUCCGCAGUUUCGCAUCGGGAAAAGCAUCUUCGCUCGCCACCAAGAAUUGGGUGGGUGGCACCGUGGAGUUGUGUAUCUGAGUGUCUGCGUGUGUGUUUGUGAAGUGAGUUUUUGGAAAACCACAAAACCAUCCCACAAGAGAUAUUAUGAUGCGCGGUGCGAGCAUCGGCAGUAGGAGCAGCAAAGUGGAUCACACAAAGAAAUAGAUCAAGUGCGCUAAAGAGCAAACGGCAGUGUGUGUGUGCGUGUGUGUGUGGAGGGGAGGAGGGUGUCCGGGUAAGCCAGCUGUUCCAGAAACUGGGGGUGCUGGCGCGUAGUGGAAACGGGCACAUGAGAGAGCAGUCGUGAAGAAGAAACACACCUUCGUCAAGCGGUCCAAAAGGUGUAAAACGCGACACGCUGCCAACCAUGGACACCGCAAACGGGUCCGGCAUGAUGGAAGAGUACGAUCUGAUGAAGCAACAAAAGUACCGCGUGUACAUCUCGAACAUAGAUAAGGCGCUGAAGAACUUUGAAUAUUCCAGCGAAUGGGCCGAUCUCAUCUCGGCGCUAGGCAAGCUGAACAAAGUGAUCUCCUCGAACGCACAGUAUCAAAUCAUUCCGCGACGGAUCAAGAUUUCCAAACGGCUGGCACAAUGCAUGCAUCCGGCACUACCGUCGGGUGUGCAUCUGAAGGCACUCGAGUCGUACGACGUCAUCUUCAGCAAUGUCGGGGUGGAAAGGCUCGCACACGAGCUGUUUAUCUACAGUGCAGGAUUGUUUCCGCUGCUGGGGUACUCGGCCAUGAACGUGCGACCAACCCUGCUAUCGAUCUACGAGAAGUACUUCGUACCGCUCGGCGAGAAGCUACGACCCGCACUGAGCGGAUUUCUGAGUGGUGUGUUCCCUGGCCUGGAAGCCGGCCAGGAUCACUUUGAGCGUACGAACCAGCUGCUGGAUAAGGUGUGCAUCGCUGUGCAGUUGGAAUGCUUUUACACCUGUCUGUGGGAGUGCAUUGUGACGAAUGCGUCCGUCCGGUUGCCAGCCAUUACGUACGUGCUGGAGCACUACAACAAGAAGAUGCCCUGCGCCGCCCAACGAGAACUGUUGGGCAGCAGUGUGGAGCUAAUGGUGAACGGGCUCUGCAGUUGUCUGAACGAUGCCGUUAUACUGGUACAGCGGAACACACUCGAAUUUCUACUGCUGGCCUUUCCCAUGCACGAUCCACUGCUCUCGGAGAUGUACACUACGCGACUGGUCAAGACGGCUCUCAACACGAUCCUGCGACGGGACAUGUCGCUGAACCGGCGUCUUUACUCUUGGCUGCUUGGCGCCGACACCAGCAUGGGCAAACAUAUGCAAGGCGCGACCACAGUAGCCGCUUCUGCGUCCGGCAAUUCAUCCGAACCCUACGAUCCGAACACGUAUUUCGAGCGACACGCAAAAAAACGCCUCAUAGCCGCAUUCAAAAUGAUCUUAAAGGAGAGCAUAACACACACGCCAGUUGAUCUCAGUCCGUAUCGGAUACUGAUUUCGUUGCUGGACAAAGCAGAAAUUGGUCUCCGGAUUCUGGACGAUCUGCUCUGUGACAUCAUUCGUGCAAUAUCGCUGUGCAACGGUAACUUGGAGGUGCAAAAGUCCGCCAACCUGCUGUUCUCGACGUUCGAUCCAGCGUACAUAUGGAACUACAUGGCACGGUUGUACCGUGAAGCCGCAAUCCGGCCGGAGCGGCAGCGUACCGACACAGACCCGAUACAGAUCGAUUCAGGCCCUGCCACCACGGUGGAGGUUUGCCAUCUGACUGAGUUCCUACUGGAGACGCUCUCGCUGGAGAUGUACAACGAGACGACGCGUGUCCAUCUGCCCAAGUUCCUACUAUCGCUCAUCUCCAUGCUCACGACCUACGAGAGCAAUAUGCAUUCGGUCGAGGUAGCGAGCUCGUUGCGGUUGCUCGUGAAGAUAGUGUCCAAAAUCCAGCCUAUGAUUAUGUCGGAAAAGGUGUUUGAUCUUUCGCUGAGUCGAAGUGCCAGUGCUACUCCACAGAAUGCCACAGGGCUGCAGAGUGAUGGGACGAAAGAGUGUAACAAUCUGGAGAAGAGCAGCAGCGAUUCCAAAAUACACGAAACGUCUCUGCAGGUGCUGGAGAACGGCACAUUUCAGCGAUCAAGCUCAAGCCAAGGAUUGCACAAGAAGGGCAGCGGAGGAUCGGGAUCUGGUCCGAGCAGUGGAAAGUAUAGUAAAAAGAGCAAAAAGUCCAAGUCAUACACGAAGCUGAGCGAGCUAAACUCCAGCCGGGAGGGCUCGCUGAAGGGUAGCAAAACGAAGCUUAGCCAUGCGGAGUCAGAGGUGAAGAUAAGUGGGGCGAGUUCGACGCCAAACUUAGAAAACGGCAUCGGGGUCAGUGGAAACGAGCUGGCGAGUGGCGCGGAAGAGGAGCCGCCGAUCGAGGGACGGAAGCGGUUCAGCUGCAGUAGUAAUAGCAGCACCACCAGCAGUAGUAGCAGUAGCUAUAGCAGCAACUCGAACAGUACUCGAAGUCGCAGCAGUACCGGCAGUAAUGGAGCGGAGGAAGCGGCACUCGCUGGGAGAGGAAUCCUCAUACAGGUGCAGUCCACGGAAAGCGCUGGUUCCGCUGCAGUAGCUCAGCUACCCGACUGUCCCAUCUUGGACCGUUGUAUACGGCAGUAUGUGUCCUUUUUCGAGCUGUACAUAUGUCGCAAGCUGUUGUCUCAGGUGGACAGUUCGUGCGGAGAGCAAGUCAGUCUGCAGGGGAACGUUGUUCUCAGCGCAAAUGACCCAUCAGCCGCGGCGCACGAUCAGGAUUUGGUUGUCAUAAACACAUUGAUGUGCGAGCUGGAUGCAGUGUUUGAGACGCUGUUAACAAACGCGCAAUCUUCGAGAGUGAAGCUCACUGCAAUGUUGGCUCAAUCGGUGGAAGGACGACCAGAAACACCCGCGGCGAAAGCGCCCGCUCGAGAAAUGAGUCGAAAGCAGGAGUACGAAAUAACGCAAUUGGUGCGGGGCAAUGACAAACUGUCGCGAGUCUCUCGUACACCCGUCUGUGAGUCGUUGCGAAACGCGCUGAAGCUGGCCUGUAAUGUGCUCACGGAAAUGUCUUCAUUUCCAAGCUAUCGUAACGAGGGCGGACACGCGGAACGGUUGGACGAUGUGCCCGGUUGGUUGAAAGCACUUACGGUGCUAGUGAUCUUCGUGAGCGAUCUCGACACACAGCUCUCAGCGGCCCAAACGCUGAUCGAUAUGAUCGGUUUACUGCGCACGAAUGGGAAGAAAUCGUCGAAAGACUCCGGCAAUGGGAAAACGAUCGUGCUGAUGAUGCCUCUGUUAAAGUUGUCGCACGUUAACUGCUUGGAGCGACGUACCAAAGUGUUCCAGGUGUUGACCACGAUGCUUUGGGAGUAUCUGGACGCGUCUCGACCGGAAGCACGCACCAUCAGCCAACUUCUGUACCGGCUACACAACUGUCUCGACAGCCGGUUUACGGAGCAUGUCAUAAUCGAUCGUCUGCUCGUCCCACAAAGCUUGUUUGACGAUGAUGAGACGGCCGAGGGUCACUAUAGGGGCGUGGUGGAGCGCACCGUUCGGAGGAAGGAUCCGUCCGCACUGCACGCCCUGUGGCAAAUUCCGGUGUUGGCGAAGACGGAACUGAAAAUCGAUUCGGAGGGCUUCCGGAAGUUUCAACUGCUGUGGAAGCUUGGCCGCGACACAUACCACGGGAAUGAGUUCGAGAAGCUGCUGUUCUUGGUGCUGGAUUCGCUUACCCUGCCGAGAAACGUAUCGAUACAGGUGAAGACAGCAAACUGGCUACGAGAAGCGCUAGUGCGAGGCGAUAUCGGGCGCAUCUUGAAGUUACUGCUGAAGAUUCUGCUGAACGAAAGCACGAAACGGUUGAGUGUUUUCUGUCCCAAGCGUUUGCGAGGUGCCGGCGCAGGAGCCGAGCUGGACGAUGGCACGACGAACGGUGGAUCGGUGAGCGAAUGGGAAAAGGAGCUGCUGGCCGAUGCGGAUGUGCAGUUAAAUCUGGCCUGCUUUGCGGUCAGCUCGGAAGACGGUCAGAUACGGUAUCACAUGGAUCCGGCUGCCGGGUUGGGGAAGAAGCGAAGCCCUAUCAGGUCAAUUCAGAAAAAGAUCUUUGGCGUUUCCAUCGGUGGUGGUGGUGGUGGAAGCUCUAAGGGAGGCGAUUCGGGACGAUCCGGCACGGCUGGCAGUGGCGGACAGUUGAUUGUGUCGAACUACGUCACGAACGAGAGCGUUGGAAAGAAGACACAGCAAGGUGGUGGUUUGCCAUCCGAGCAGGGAGAAGAUGAAGGACAGUAUGGAAAGAUCUCGGUGAUUAUCAACCCGCUGGAGUCGGAACAAUUGUCGGCGAAGAGCGCUGGAAUGAGAAAUCGUUCCAAUUCCAUGGGAUUAUUAGCAGCAGGUGAUAUGGACAGUGGUAUAUCGGAACCGAGCUCUCUGGCAACGCCGGGGGGAACAUCACAUCUGGGGAAGAAAGAAUUUCACCGAUCAACGUCCGAUCUGGACGAUACAAACGAUAGUGAAUCGGACUUCGCGGGACAUGCAAGAGGCAAACAGCGCAACAGUAGACUGCGAGGAUCCGAAGGGUACGUGGACAAUGAACCUAUUAAGCGGUACGUGGAGGACGGUCCGAUAGUGGACUUUAUCAGCAAAUCGAGCGAUCGUUUCCGCAAUCGCAAGACGUAUCUCAUCUCCUCGGGGAACCUCUCCGGUGCUGGUGAGGAUUCGCUGCUUUCCGGCUCUUCCUAUACUCUAACGAAUGGGUUAUCGCCCUCGGUAAACGGAACCAUCACCACGGAUGAGAUCACAAACGAGGAUGGUAGCAUUACUAUGACCACAACGACCACCGCCACCAGCACAUCCGGGGGCGAGUCGGGAGCGGCCGGCAGUGAGGAAGAAAAAGCUCCUCCCAAGGUGACGUUCACUCGCAUCAAGAGCUGGCGCAAUGGAAACAAGCUGUAUCCCUUCCACACGCACUUUCUCGUGUACGAGUCCGUGUUCAAUACGAAGCAGGUGCUGUACACGAUCGAAACAUUGCGCAACAUUCUCACGAAUGAUGCUCGCUUCUUUUUGUGCCUCUCGGUGACCACAUCCGUUUCGAGCGGGCAGAUCAAGUCGCUGCUGCUACGUCAUCGACGGAACAUCUUCGGGAAAGGUUUUACGGAAGCGCGGGACGAUUCGGAGCAUCAGAAUUUGUAUCGGGGAAGCAUGUAUCUGGAGGUGAUUCUUACCGUGCUCCUGUACUACACGCGCAGCUAUCAGACCGACCAGGGAAGGGAUGGCAAGGGACGGCAACCGUCGCGGGACGACUUUAACACGAACGCCAAGAUUCAGCUCGAGUGCAUCGAGCUGAUGACCACAAUCUUCGGCGAGUUGCUGGCGGUGGUUCGGGAUGUGGGCAAAAAUCUUGCCAACUACGUAGCGGACCUGCUGGACAAGUGUAAGGUGCAGAAGAUUGUGCUCUACUGCUUGGCAUCCUCGGUGAAUUACUUCUCGAGCCCCGGUGGCUACACUUGCCCAGCGGAUGAGGUUCUUCGGUACAGCGAUCCGGAAAGCACGCGGCAGAAUGCGGAAGCAUACCAGAUCGAGCUUCUUCGGCUGCUGUUGGCACUGCUGAAGCUAGAGCAUGAGAUCACUCUGCAGCGGGCGGACGGUGGAGAAGGAGCUGCAGCAACGGCGGCAGCUUCGGGGACACCCAAUAUCGCUGGGAGUUCAACGGCGAGCGGGAAGAGCGGGAGCUCUGGCACUACUUCGAGCGCUUCUCCGACUAAAGUCGCGCCGGAAACCAAGCGUACGUACCGGUACACCCCGAAUCUGCUGCUCGCCCAGCAACCCAUGUUCCUGUCAACGAUCCUGUCCGCGCUCGCGUGCGAUCGGCUGCAGCACGUGCACAAGAACUGGACCGACAUGAUAACGGCCUGCUUGACCUGUUUGCCUCCAGGCAAUCUUACGAAUAUCGUGAUCAGUGUGAUACAUCAGCUGUGCAACAAUUUGGAUAGAGUAACGCGACGCGAUCGGAUCCUGGUACAGUCGAUCGACUACAUCGUGUCGCAGCUCGAAGCAAUCACGGUACUUGCCCACUACUGCCUGCUAGAUAGUUCUCAACAGAUUUCACUGGCCAGUAUGUUUAACGCAUCGACGGGUUCCAGCAAUGGGUUGACAUCGGCCGCUGCCAAUCAAUCGGGACAGAUCAUCAACAACAUAAUGAACGUGUUUCUGUCCUAUUCGUCCUCGCUGCUUAGCGGAGGUGUUAAUCAGCAGGUGAAGAAGAAUCAUCAGGAAGUGGCCAAAGCGGCUAUACUGAGUCAUCUGCCGCGUAUUAUCAUCACGAUCGCAACGCUCUGGGAGACGAGCAUCAGUGACUUCCGGCGUGGAAAGCAUCAGCUGCUAGAGUUUCUGAGUCCGAUCUCCAUGCACUACGGCACCAACUUCUUGACCGCAAUUGCAGUCGCUUGGUACGAGCGUAGUAAUAACGAUGCGUCGGGUAAGGCGCCAGCGACAGCGAGCGAAGGAGCGGCCAAUGAAGCUUCCGAUGUGGAUUUCUUCGACAUCAUGUCCAAGGCGUUGCCACAGGCGAGCGAUAAUCAACUGCUGCUGGUAAAGCUUAUUACCGGCAUACGUAUCAUGUCGGUGGAUUCCUUCAUACAAACGAUGCAUCAGGUUAUCAAGAGUCCACCGCCCAUCUAUCAGCCACCAGCGGGACUAAAUCUGGAAGUGAGCGCGCUGGAGCUGUUGUACUUUUUCCUCAUAUCGGGCGUUUCACCUGCGCAAUACACCGACUGUUGGAGCUCCCUGUACGCGUUGCUGAAGGACUGUCUGGGACUGCAGAUUACGGCCCAGUUUGUGGCACUUUCCAUCCUGAACGAGUUUGUACAGCGAUGCCCAACGAUGCCGUUCUCCGAUAAGAAAGAUCUUCGCGACCUGCACGACGUGACGUCGCGGCUGGUGGAAGCGGUAUCGAAUGUGGCCGGCUCGUGUUUGGAGCAGACCACCUGGCUCAGGCGCAACCUGUCGGUGAAGGAAGAGUUUAGCUCGAUCGAGAGCACGGGCAAGGAUGGGCUGUUGAUGCCGUCCAGCCAGCACUACUCGAUACAGGCCCAGUCGAUUCUGGCCAACAUUUUGGCCUCGCUGCUCGAUGUCGCGUUCAGCUCGCAGGAAAAGGACAAGGUGACGGCGAUCGUGACCGGUGUCAUGUACAACAUCGUGCCUUACCUUAAAACGCACACCGUGAAGAACAUUCCGACGUUUCACGCCUGCUCGAAUCUGCUGGCCAGCUUGAGCACGUAUCAGUACAUUCGUAAAGCUUGGCGAAAGGAUGCCCUGGAUCUGCUGCUGGACACGGCCUUCUUCCAAAUGGACAGUCGCUGCUUGCCGUACUGGAAAACUAUCCUGGAUAGUUUGAUGACCUGUGAUAAUACUACCUUUAGAGAUCUUAUGAAUCGUUUACCAUUAGCGCAAACCGGAACACUGAACAUAUUCACGUCCAAGGAACAGGAAUACGAGCAGCGCGCACUCGUGCUGAAGCGGCUUGCGUUUAUAAUUUUCUGUAGCGAAGUCGAUCAGUACCACAAGUAUAUGCCAGAAAUUCAAGAACAACUUGCCAACAGCUUGCGCCUCCCGCAGGUGGUCCCACUGAUCCAGUCCGCAGUUUUCCUGUGCUUCCGUGUGCUGCUGCUGCGAAUGUCGGCCGACCAUGUGACCAGCUUGUGGCCAAUCAUCAUCGCGGAAAUGGUCCAAGUGUUUCUGUCGAUCGAACAGGAGCUUUUGACCGAUACGGAAGAAUUUAGGUCCCAAUCGAGUCAACACAUUCGUAUGCUGUCGGGGUUGGACACGGCAUGGGUAACGAACACAAGCAACGGGCUUUACUCGUACGGACAUCCGCACUGGCGCAUGGUGCAGCUGGAGACGGCCAAAUUGCUAGAGCUGGGAUGCGUGUUGCCGGCCACCAUUUUGCCCCACUUUCAGAUGUACCGGUGGGCAUUCGUCAGCAGCCAGAACGAGAAUCUACACAAAACGGGCGGAUACGAUGAGAAGAAGAUGGCGUUCAUACCGCACGUGUCAAGAAUAUCUCAGCUGAUGGACCUUCGUUACACAUCUCACUCGCCGAAAACGCAAACGACCAAGGGUAAGCACAUCAUGCUGACCUGCCAGUCGAUAAACACGCUGCAGGACCUGUACGGCUUCUUCUCGACACUCUCGAUGCGCUGGCCGUCCCACAUCUCGUACAGCGACACCGACAAGGACACCAAGCAAUGUCUGGAGGAGGUCGAGCUCGUGCUGGCGCUGGACUUUUUGGAGAAAAUUCCUUCCACCAAAUAGUAGCAGCAGCAGCAGCAGUCCCAUUUCUAGUAACGGUCUGACCCUGGCGGGACACGAGACAGCAGAGACACGCACACGAUUGCAGGGGCAGCCAGCAGUAGCAAUCAUCCAUCAUCACCAUUCGAAACCGUGAUUCGUGAUUUACUUCAGUAUUUUCCCCCCUUUCGAGUCGUUGUAUGGAAUUCCCGUCCCGGUGGGGGCCAACUCCUCACCUUUCGCAUAGUCAAUUCGAGAGCUCGAUUGAUUCUGUGUCACUGAAACGAAGGAAGCAACUGAGCUGUGUACAGCGUCGUGUACGUGACUUCUCAUGAUAGGUAAGGCUAAGUUGACUAGUAUUUCUCUCAAAUUCGACUAUGCCCCGAUCUUAGUUCUUACCGAGUGCGAUGGCGCUCUUUAACGUCUGUGUGGUGUGAGCGUGUUUAUGUGAUUUAAAGAUAUUAUGACCAAGUUUUUGAUCUAUCAAUGUUUCUAAAUGUUCUCGGAUAAGUGGUCCAGCGUCGUCGUGUACUUUGUGUGCGGUCCCGGGAUUGUUUGUGGGACACUGAGAUAGCGUUUAAUUUGCAAUACGGCAAACGAUUGGUGCAACAAAAAGGCGAUGGUGGAAAAGCGAUAAAGGGAUCGUAGAGGGAAGGAGGAACGCAGUGUGAUGUUAACAAGUAAGUCGAGCGAUAGUCGGGCCAGCCCGUUCGACAGAGAACGUGUUGGUCGCGCUUUAUCUAUUGUAGAUGCAAGUGAUCGCAACGGUGAGAAGAAUGUUAUCGUAAUUUAUGAUUGAUGACUUUAAUGAAGAUAAAGAUUAUUUGAUGAAUUGAUCAAUAAACGCUGUUUGAAAUACAUUUU